ACCUCAGAUUUGUCAGCCUUUGUUCUCCGCGGAAGGGAUGGCGAGCGAAGCAGUAGUUGAAAGUGCUGAAGCUGUGGCCGCGUCGACGGAGGCGGUGGCGCCGGAGACAGGUUCCAAGCAUACACUGGAUAGAAAGUGGACUUUUUGGUUCGAUAAUCAAACAAAGUCUAAGCAAGGUGCUGCUUGGGGAAACUCGCUUCGCAAGGUUUACACCUUUGACACCGUCGAGGAGUUCUGGUGUUUGUAUGACCAGAUAUUUAAGCCCAGCAAACUGCCUGGCAAUGCGGAUUUCCACCUGUUCAAAACUGGAAUUGAACCGAAAUGGGAAGAUCCUGAGUGCGCUAGUGGAGGAAAGUGGACUGCGGCCUGCAGCAGAAAGGCUAUCUUGGAUACCAUGUGGCUUGAAACUUUAAUGGCUUUGAUUGGGGAGCAAUUUGAUGAGGGUGAGGACAUAUGUGGUGUGGUUGCCAGUGUGCGCCAGAGGCAGGACAAAAUUUCAUUAUGGACAAAGACAGCAGCAAACGAGGCUGCGCAGAUGAGCAUUGGGAGGAAAUGGAAGGAGAUCAUUGACGUCAAUGAUAAGAUCCAUUACAGCGCUCAUGAUGAUUCGAAGAGGGAUAGAUCAGCAAAGAGUCGAUACAGUGUGUGAUCUCUUAGUGGAUCGUUCCUUGCUUUUAUGCCAGUCUUUUAACCUAUUUGUGCCAUGUGUAUUAGAGCAUAGAUUUUUGGUUCAAACAUUAGUUUCCUUUGUUUUUUUUCCCUUGCUCUCUUCUGGAUGUAUUACCAAAAGAAUAUUGAUUUUUGUAGCACUAUAGAAUGUUUUGCAUCAACAUGGACCGCGAUUUGUACUGAUUC